GAAGUCGGCCAAGUAUAUACUGUUCCCAGGAUUUGAGUUGUACAUGUGUUAUAUAAUUUUUCACACAGCUACGGAGACCCUAACUUGGGUCAACAGUGACAGAGUGUGUAACGUGGAAGAUUGAAAGAAGUUGAUCCAUUCAGCUAUGGAUGUAGUAGUUGCCAUUGCUAUUGUAGUACUUGGCAUUAUUUUUAUAGGCUCUCUAGUUGCCUUAGUACUGGUGUGUCGGCAUAGGUAUUGCCGAAGGAUCAAUUUCAGCCAACUAAAGGAUGACGACUCCAGACAUAACGUGACCUUAGUGAGGGCAUCUGAGUCCAAUGUAACCCUGGAGGAAUUAGGUGUUGAGCUGAGUGAUGUGAAUUUUACUAAUCCUACUCUAGAUGAAAUUUUACAAGAUGAAAACUGGAUCGAUGAUGCUACAGGACUUAUGCCACACUGUAUAGAAAUUUUAAAGACAUGCAAACAUUUAACAGAAAGGCUUGUUGCCAUCACAAUGGGCAAUGCUACUAACGUAAAGACGCCUGACUAUCUUCAGGAAAUUGUAGUGGUGGCUAAAAGAAUAAAUCCCAGGUAA